AUGGCUGAGGCGGCGACUGUGGCCUCGGGCCUCGGCCUUCCAGGAGAGGUCUCCCAGUGGCCUCUGAAGCGCUAUGGCCGCUUCAUGCUCUUGGACACUGGGGAGUCGCUUGAGCCUAGCCCGGAAGCUGCCGCAGGGUCCUCGCCCACUUGGAAGGUUUUUGAGUCCAGUGAGGAAUCUGGGUUCCUCACUGUCACCAUCGUCAUAUCUGGUCACUUCUUCAUUUCUCAAGGACAGACACUGCUGGAAGGGUUUUCGCUCAUUGGCAGCAAGAGCUGGUUGAAGAUUGUGAGGCGCAUGGACUGUCUUCUGUUUGGAACGACGAUAAGGAACAAGAGCCGCAUGUUUCGUGUGCAGUUUAGCGGGGAGUCCAAGGAAGAGGCGCUGGAGCAUUGCGGCAGCUGUGUGCAGACCCUGGCCCAGUAUGUCACCGUUGAGGUACCUGACAGCAUCACCCAGGAUCUUCGGCAGAGCCCAGGCCCACUGGAGGCAGGUGAAAGCCAAGGGAGGGCCGCACUGCAGCCGGGGCAGCAGGUGUGUAUGGCAGCUGGCGCUGGUGCUCUGGAGGGAAGGACCUCAGUGAUCCAUCUAGCUCAGUCUAUCCUGGAUUCGGAGAAGCUGACCCUAGCCUAUGAACAGUCUUCAUGGGGAGCAGAAGAAUUGGGCCCCUUUCUACGCUUGUGCCUCAUGGAUCAAAACUUCCCAGCAUUUGUGGAAGAGGUGGAGAAGGAACUUAAAAAGAUCAUAGGACUGAGAAACUAAAGCCCCACACACAUAUGCAACUAAGGAACUGAAGGUAUCUGAAUUAAAGAGUAUUAUUCCAAGCAC